UCCUGGGAGAGGGAGUCACAGGCUAGAGAGCAGCCAGGAGGCUGCCAGGAGGAGGUGGCAUUUGAGCCAGGCUUUGAAGAGUGGACAAGAUUACCAACUGUGCGAUUAUGGGAAAUGUGCUGAUCUCUUUAACCCCCAGUUUCUUCGUCUGCCAAAUCGACGUGAUACUAGAAUUACCUCAUUGUUAUUGUGACCGGAGAAGUAACCAAGAAGGGUCAAAGAUAAAGGUGGAGAAAUAAGGAACAAUUAAAUUAUGGAGACAUCACAUACUGAUAGUAAUAGCUAAACUGAUGCUUUUAAAGGGCCUACUGUUGCUUCAGGCAAUAAUCUUUCAUACAACCCUAUAAGAUAAAUAACACAGGAGGAAUCUUAGUGGUAAGGAAAAUAAAAUAAAUUGCACAAGGUCAUGCAGCCAAUGAGAGGCAGCACUGGAACUGGAACCCAGGCAGUACGCUUUACGCUCCGGGGCUCCUGUCUGAUUGGAGGUAGUAGACUGUCACAGCGGUUUCGGGCUCUGAUGACAGAUCUAGGUCAGGCCUUUGCCCCAUUGUUUUCAAGCUGUGUGGUCUUGGCCAAGUGACCUCAUGUCUCUGAGCCUCAGUUUGCUAGUGCCUGGGUUGCUUGCUAGUUAAUUCAUGUAAAUGAAUAUAACGAAAUGAACGUAAAUGAAGUAAUUUGUGGGUUGUUUAGCACUGUGCCCGCCACAAAAUAUUCUCUUGCUGAACACCAGCCAUGAUGAUUAUUCUUGUUAGUAUCCACUGUAGGCAGCAAGGAAGUUGGAACCAUUCAGUGUGCUUGCAGGACUGACCCGUCAGAUUUUGUCACAGUACUACUGUGUCACAAACUGUCCCCAAACUCGGUGUCUUUGAACUUGUCAUGUAUGACUGCUCAUACGUUUGCAGGCCAGCUGGAGGGUAAAUGCUUUAGGCUGGGCUCAGCUGGAGAGGCUUUGCCCUGAGGAUGUCGCAUCUUUCCUGGACCAGCAGAGCAUGUUCUCCUGGUGACAGCAGAAGUGCAGGAGGGUAAGCCAGCACAUGAGGCCUCUUAAGGCCUAGGCUUGGCCCUCUCCUUCCUACCUCACUCUGCUGGCUGACGUGAGUCACGUGGCCAACCCGGAGGAAAGGAAGGAGACACACGCUCUGCCUCCAGUGGAAAGACCAGCGAGGUCACAGGGCAAAGACUAUGACACAGGAAGGAGUAGGAUGGGGCCACAAGUGCAGUAUACAUGGGAUGGCAAGGACAUCCGUUCUGCUCACAUCCUGAUUCUGGAGGCCAUCGAGAACCACAACCUCGCAGACACGGUGCUCAAGAUCACAGACUUUGGCCUCGCCCGCGAGUGGCACAAGACCACCAAAAUGAGCGCUGCAGGGACUUACGCCUGGAUGGCCCCAGAGGUUAUCCGUCUCUCCCUCUUCUCCAAAAGCAGUGACGUCUGGAGCUUCGGGGUGCUGCUCUGGGAGUUGCUGACGGGUGAGGUCCCCUACCGUGAAAUCGACGCCUUGGCUGUGGCAUAUGGCGUGGCUAUGAACAAGCUGACGCUUCCCAUCCCCUCCACGUGCCCUGAGCCCUUUGCCCGCCUGCUAGAGGAAUGUUGGGACCCAGACCCCCACGGGCGGCCAGAUUUCGGCAGCAUCUUGAAGCAGCUUGAAGUCAUAGAACAGUCAGCCCUGUUCCAGAUGCCGCUGGAGUCCUUCCAUUCACUGCAGGAGGACUGGAAGCUGGAGAUUCAGCACAUGUUCGAUGACCUCCGGACCAAAGAGAAGGAGCUCCGGAGCCGUGAGGAGGAGCUGCUAAGGGCAGCUCAGGAGCAGCGUUUCCAGGAGGAGCAGCUGCGGCGGCGGGAGCAGGAGCUGGCUGAGCGCGAGAUGGACAUCGUGGAGCGGGAGCUGCACCUGCUGAUGUGCCAGCUGAGCCAGGAGAAGCCCCGUGUCCGCAAACGCAAGGGCAACUUCAAGCGCAGCCGCCUGCUCAAGCUGCGGGAAGGCAGCAGCCACAUCAGCCUGCCCUCCGGCUUCGAGCAUAAGAUCACAGUCCAGGCCUCUCCAACUCUGGACAAGCGGAAAGGAUCCGAUGGGGCCAGCCCCCCCGCAAGCCCCAGCAUCAUCCCCCGGCUGAGGGCCAUCCGCUUGACUCCCGUGGAUGGUGGUGGCGGCAGCAGCAGUGGCAGCAGCAGUGGUGGCAGUGGGACGUGGGGCCGCAGCGGGCCCCCAAAGAAGGAAGAACUGGUUGGGGGCAAGAAGAAAGGCCGGACGUGGGGGCCCAGCUCCACCCUGCAGAAGGAGCGGGCUGGAGGAGAAGAGAGGCUGAAGGCCCUGGGGGAAGGAAACAAACAGUGGUCAUCAAGCGCCCCCAACCUGGGCAAGUCCCCCAAACACACCCCCAUUGCCCCAGGCUUCGCCAGCCUCAAUGAGAUGGGGGUCACUGGGGGCAGCCUCUUGGCACCAAGUCCCCAGGGACCUCCUGGAGUCGAGUGCCGGCCCUCUCCGGUUGCAGAGGAGUUCGCGGAGGCAGACGGAGGCAGCAGCGGGGCCCCCUCUCCCCACAGCACCCCGGCCUACCUCGUGGUGCCACUGCCCACCGAGCCCUCUCCGGGGGUGCCGGGGCCUGGCACCCGGCACGGGCUCAGUGCCCGGCGGCGCUGUGAAUUCGCGCUGCUGGGCUGCGCCACGCUGCUGGGCGCCGUGGGCCUGGGCGCUGACGUGGCUGAGGCGCGCGCCGCGGAUGUCGAGGAACAGAGGCGCUGGCUGGAUGGCCUCUUCUUCCCCCGCGCCAGCCGCUUCCCGCGCGGCCUCAGCCCGACUGCGCGCUCCCCGGGCCGCCGCGACGAUGUGUGCCCGGGCCUGGCGCCCUCGGCCACCUUGGUGUCUCUGUCUUCCGUGUCCGACUGCAACUCCACGCGCUCGCUGCUGCGCUCUGACAGCGACGAGGCUGCGCCGGCCGCGCCUUCCCCGCAGCCCUCCCCGCCCGCGCCGGCGCCCACGCCCAGCACAAACCCCCUGGUGGACCUGGAGCUGGAGAGCUUCAAGAAGGACCCCCGCCAGUCGCUGACGCCCACCCACGUCACGGCCACUCGCGCUGUGAGCCACGGGCACCGGCGGACUCCGUCAGAUGGGGCGCUGGGGCAGCGGGGGGCACCGGAGUCGGCGGCCCCCGGCCCUGGCCCUCGGGAUCCCCUGGACUUCCCCCGCCUGCCUGAACCCCAGGCCCUGUUUCCUACCCGCCGCCGGCCCCCCGAGUUUCCUGGUCGCCCCACCACCCUGACCUUUGCCCCAAGACCCCGGCCGGCUGCCAGCCGCCCCCGCCUGGACCCUUGGAAACUGGUCUCCUUCGGCCGGACACUCAGCAUCUCGCCUCCUAGCAGGCCGGGUACUCCGGAGAGCCCUGGGCCCCCCAGCAUGCAGCCCACGCUGCUUGACAUGGACAUGGAGGGGCAGAGCCAGGACAGCACAGUGCCCCUGUGUGGGGCCCACGGCUCCCACUGAGGCCUGCCCACUGCUACCCGCCUGGGCAGCCAUGAAUGUAGCGCCUCAGGCCUCCCACCAGGCCACAAGGCAGGGGAGGCCUUGGGCAGGAUACUCACUCUAUUUAUUGGGGAAGGGGGGAGGGGAACAUUUAAUUUAUUUCUUUGUACCCUGGGGCUGGGCCCUGUGCUCACCCUGCAAGGGGGAGGGUGGGCAGGGAUACUCAGGGACAGGGUGACAUGGGGGAUUCAGCACAAAACACAGCAUUAAAGGUAACCCCUGCCCCCUA